ACGUUUACCCUGCGCAGACGCCGUCGCCGCCGCUGCUGCCGCCGCCGCUGCCACAGCCUUUGCCGCCACGGUCUCCGCCGCCGCUGUCCUCGCGCUGCCUCUGGGAGCCUCCAUUGUUCCAGCGGCGCCCGGUCCCGAGACCGGGCAUCCUAAGGGCUCGCGAAACGGGCGGCUGCCGACGGAGUUGAGACCCCAGGGCGCCGGCGGGACCGGGAGCGGCAGGGGUCAGCGCAGGAAUCCCGGGGAGCCGGGACCAAAGCGUGGGGCGGCAGGGGGCCGAGGUGGCGAGGUCUAAGGUCUCCGGAGUUGGGGCUCCCCCUUCCCGGCCCGACUUUCCCCGCCGGCCUCCCCAAGUGGGGUCGGAGCCCCGGCGGGCGCCCCCGGCGAUGAGCCCGGACUCGAGGUGGCCGAUGUGACAGCAUGGGGGUGGACUUUGAUGUGAAGACUUUCUGCCACAACUUGCGGGCGACUAAGCCACCGUACGAGUGCCCGGUGGAGACCUGCCGAAAGGUCUACAAGAGUUACAGUGGUAUUGAGUACCACCUGUACCACUAUGACCACGACAACCCACCACCACCACAACAGACUCCACUCCGCAAGCACAAGAAGAAGGGGCGCCAGUCACGCCCAGCCAACAAGCAGUCACCCAGCCCCUCAGAGGUCUCACAGUCACCAGGCCGUGAGGUGAUGAGCUAUGCACAGGCCCAGCGCAUGGUGGAGGUGGACUUGCAUGGCCGCGUCCACCGCAUCAGCAUCUUUGACAACCUGGAUGUGGUGUCAGAGGAUGAGGAAGCCCCCGAGGAGGCCCCUGAGAAUGGCAGCAACAAGGAGAACACUGAGACACCAGCUGCUACUCCCAAGUCAGGCAAACAUAAGAACAAGGAGAAGCGCAAGGACUCUAACCAUCACCACCACCACAAUGUUUCUGCGAGCACCACUCCCAAGCUGCCAGAGGUGGUCUAUCGGGAGCUGGAACAAGACACCCCUGAUGCCCCACCCCGGCCAACUUCCUAUUACCGGUACAUCGAGAAGUCUGCAGAGGAGCUGGACGAGGAAGUAGAGUAUGACAUGGACGAGGAGGACUACAUCUGGCUGGAUAUCAUGAAUGAGCGUCGGAAGACAGAGGGUGUAAGUCCCAUCCCGCAGGAGAUCUUUGAGUACCUAAUGGACCGACUAGAGAAGGAGUCGUACUUUGAGAGUCAUAAUAAAGGCGACCCCAAUGCGCUAGUGGAUGAGGAUGCUGUUUGCUGUAUCUGCAAUGAUGGUGAGUGCCAGAACAGCAAUGUCAUCCUCUUCUGUGACAUGUGCAACCUGGCCGUGCACCAGGAGUGCUACGGUGUCCCCUAUAUCCCUGAGGGCCAGUGGCUAUGCCGCCGUUGCCUGCAGUCACCCUCUCGUGCUGUGGAUUGUGCCCUGUGCCCCAACAAGGGUGGUGCCUUCAAGCAGACAGAUGACGGUCGCUGGGCCCAUGUGGUGUGUGCCUUGUGGAUCCCUGAGGUCUGCUUCGCCAACACGGUCUUCCUAGAGCCUAUUGACAGCAUUGAGCACAUCCCACCAGCUCGCUGGAAGCUCACCUGCUACAUUUGCAAACAACGGGGCUCAGGGGCCUGCAUCCAGUGCCACAAGGCCAACUGUUACACAGCUUUCCAUGUGACAUGCGCCCAGCAGGCUGGCCUUUACAUGAAGAUGGAGCCUGUGCGGGAGACAGGCGCCAACGGCACCUCUUUCAGUGUCCGCAAGACAGCCUACUGCGACAUCCACACGCCUCCAGGUUCAGCACGCCGACUGCCUGCCCUGUCGCACAGCGAGGGUGAGGAAGAUGAAGAUGAGGAAGAGGAUGAGGGUAAGGGCUGGAGCUCAGAGAAAGUCAAGAAGGCCAAGGCCAAGUCCCGGAUCAAAAUGAAGAAGGCACGGAAGAUCCUGGCAGAGAAGCGGGCAGCAGCACCUGUGGUGUCAGUGCCCUGCAUCCCACCACACAGGCUUAGUAAAAUCACCAACCGCCUGACAAUCCAAAGGAAGAGCCAGUUCAUGCAGAGGCUGCACAGCUACUGGACACUGAAGCGGCAGUCACGGAAUGGGGUCCCAUUGCUACGUCGCCUGCAGACACACCUGCAGUCUCAGAGGAACUGUGACCAAGUCGGGAGAGAUUCUGAGGAUAAGAACUGGGCCCUUAAAGAACAGCUCAAGUCCUGGCAGCGGCUCCGGCAUGACUUAGAGCGAGCUCGGCUGCUGGUGGAAUUGAUCCGCAAGCGGGAAAAACUCAAAAGGGAGACGAUCAAAGUUCAGCAGAUUGCCAUGGAGAUGCAGCUGACCCCUUUCCUCAUCCUCCUUCGCAAAACCUUGGAGCAGCUCCAAGAGAAGGACACAGGCAACAUCUUCAGCGAGCCGGUCCCUCUGUCUGAGGUAACCGAAUUGGACGAAGUACCUGACUACCUAGACCACAUCAAAAAGCCCAUGGACUUUUUCACCAUGAAGCAGAACUUGGAGGCUUACCGCUACCUGAAUUUUGAUGAUUUUGAGGAGGACUUCAACCUCAUCGUCAGCAACUGCCUCAAGUAUAACGCCAAGGACACCAUCUUCUACCGGGCAGCAGUGCGACUUCGUGAGCAGGGUGGUGCUGUGCUCCGCCAGGCCCGGCGCCAGGCAGAAAAAAUGGGCAUUGACUUUGAGACGGGCAUGCAUAUCCCCCACAGCCUAACUGGAGAUGAGGCCACACACCACACUGAAGAUGCAGCUGAGGAAGAGCGGCUGGUCUUGCUGGAGAACCAGAAGCACCUGCCAGUGGAAGAGCAGCUGAAGCUGCUUCUGGAGCGGCUGGACGAAGUGAAUGCCAGCAAGCAGAGUGUGGGCCGCUCACGGCGUGCAAAGAUGAUCAAGAAAGAGAUGACGGCACUGCGGCGGAAGCUUGCCCACCAGCGAGAGACUGCACGUGAUGGGCCUGAGCGGCACGGCCCUUCGAGCCGGGGCAGUCUGACACCCCACCCGGCAGCCUGUGACAAGGAUGGGCAGACAGAUAGUGCCGCAGAGGAGAGCAGCAGCCAGGAGACAAGCAAAGGCCUGGGUCCCAACAUGUCCUCAACCCCCGCACAUGAGGUGGGCAGGAGAACCUCAGUUCUGUUCUCCAAAAAGAACCCGAAGACAGCUGGACCGCCCAAGAGGCCGGGCCGGCCCCCCAAAAACCGGGAGAGCCAGAUGACCCCCAGCCACGGAGGCAGUCCUGUGGGGCCCCCCCAGCUCCCCAUCAUGAGCUCCCUGCGUCAGCGCAAGCGGGGUAGGAGCCCCCGGCCCAGUUCGAGUUCAGACAGCGACAGUGAUAAGUCCACAGAAGACCCCCCAAUGGACUUACCAGCCAAUGGCUUCAGCGGUGGAAACCAGCCAGUGAAGAAGAGUUUCUUGGUAUACCGUAAUGACUGCAGCCUUCCCCGGAGCAGCUCAGACUCUGAGUCCAGCAGCAGUAGCAGUAGCAGCGCUGCCUCAGACCGGACCAGCACAACACCCUCAAAACAAGGCCGGGGCAAACCUUCCUUCUCUCGGGGCACUUUCCCAGAGGACAGCAGUGAGGAUACCUCAGGCACUGAGAAUGAGGCCUACUCCGUGGGCACUGGCCGCGGCGUGGGCCACAGCAUGGUAAGGAAGAGUCUGGGCCGGGGAGCUGGCUGGCUGUCAGAGGAUGAGGACUCCCCGCUGGAUGCUCUGGACCUCGUGUGGGCCAAAUGCCGAGGGUAUCCAUCAUACCCAGCUCUGAUCAUUGAUCCAAAGAUGCCCCGAGAAGGUAUGUUUCACCAUGGAGUUCCCAUCCCUGUGCCCCCACUGGAGGUGCUGAAACUUGGGGAGCAGAUGACCCAGGAAGCCCGAGAGCAUCUCUACCUCGUCCUCUUCUUUGACAACAAACGAACCUGGCAGUGGCUGCCGAGGACCAAGCUGGUUCCUCUGGGUGUGAACCAGGACCUAGACAAGGAGAAGAUGCUGGAGGGCCGCAAGUCCAACAUCCGCAAGUCAGUACAGAUCGCCUACCACAGGGCUCUGCAGCACCGCAGCAAGGUGCAAGGCGAGCAGAGCAGUGAGACCAGCGAUAGUGAUUGAUACUGCUCAACACAGCCCAACCUACACAGGGUCACAGAACCCUGUGACCUCUCUCCUCCCCUUUGCUCACUGUCCUGGAGUGGCACCGGCCUCUGCACUGACUCAUUUCUGGUCUUGGGGCCAGUCUCAGGGGAAGCUGGGUGGGGGAGGUCCCUCCUGCCCUAAGUGCAGCUGGACUGUACAGAACACUCCAAGGGCCAGUGGCAGUUCAGUGCAAGGAGAGGGAGGGCCCACAGGUCAGAAAGAGCUCCAGAGACCUCACAGCAUUGUAGGGCGGGGUGGUGGGCCAAAGUUAGGACACUGCAUAAAACAGGCCAUCCCACCACCUCUACCUGCUCAUGCCAGGAGAAUCUAUAACUGCCUAGAGGCCUGAGGCCCCUACCGGUGGUGAGGUGAGCGGGCAUCUGUCCAGCCUGGAAGAGGGGCACUAGGUGACUCCCUCCCCUGCUGUUGUAAAUAACUGUAAUUAUCGGAGAAUUUAAAUUAUUCUCAUUUGUAACUGCGUUUCCGGGUCGCGCCAGAGUCAUUUGGUACUAAAAAAAAAAAAAAAAAAGACUGGGGCCUGUCCCCAUUUCCCUUCUCUUUCCCAUAGAUUCCCCCACCUUUCAAACUGGUUUGUAUUUAUUUCAAAGGAAGAAAAUAUAUUGAUUCUUAGAAAAUAAACUGUC